CGGCAGUUAAAUCAAACUGCGUAAUUUUAAAAGAGUUUAAAAGAGCUCUAUUAGCACUUCGCCUUUUCCACCUCCUGCGGCUGUUGAUCAGUCAGUCAGUUAACAUAGCGGAGCUAGCAGCCGUUAGCUAUGGCUGCAGUUAUCUUGAGUUUCCCCACUCUGCAGGGUCUGCGGGCCUUUACACAAAAACUGUCAUGGACCAAAACAGGCGUGAGGCAUGUGUCAGGAGGUGUGAAAAGAAUAGAGAAAGUGUUAAUUGCCAAUCGAGGGGAGAUUGCAUGUCGUGUGAUGCGUACAGCAAAGAAGAUGGGCGUCCGUUCUGUGGCAGUGUACAGUGACGCAGACAGACACUCCAUGCACGUGGCCAUGGCAGAUGAAGCCUACCAUAUUGGACCUCCACCAUCCCAAGAGAGUUACCUCUCCAUGGAGAAAGUUUUGGAAGUGGCCAAGAAGUCUGGAUCACAUGCGGUCCACCCUGGUUAUGGCUUUCUAUCAGAAAACACAGAGUUUGCUGAGGCGUGCAAACAUGAAGGCAUCAUCUUCAUUGGACCACCUUCCGCUGCCAUUCGAGACAUGGGCAUUAAGAGCACAUCAAAACACAUCAUGUCAGAUGCUGGAGUGCCAAUCGUCGGUGGUUAUCACGGAGAAGACCAGUCAGAUGAAAGGCUAUACGCAGAAGCUCAUCAGAUCGGAUACCCUGUGAUGAUUAAAGCAGUGCGAGGAGGAGGCGGGAAGGGGAUGCGUAUUGCACACUCAGAGUCAGAAUUCUUAGAGCAGUUGUCGUCGGCGAGACGAGAGGCCAGAAAAUCCUUCAAUGAUGACGUCAUGCUGAUUGAGAAGUUUGUGGAGGACCCCAGACAUGUAGAGGUUCAGGUCUUUGGAGACAUGCACGGUAACGUUGUCUAUCUGUUUGAGAGGGACUGCAGUGUGCAAAGGAGGCAUCAGAAAAUCAUAGAGGAAGCACCCGGGCCUGGUAUUAGUCCAGAGGUUCGGGCGAAACUUGGAGAAGCAGCAGUUAAAGCAGCCAAGGCUGUGAAAUACGUAGGUGCAGGUACGGUUGAGUUUAUAAUGGAUGCCCAGCACAACUUCUACUUCAUGGAGAUGAACACGAGGCUGCAGGUGGAGCAUCCUGUCUCUGAAAUGAUCACUGGAACUGACCUGGUGGAGUGGCAGCUCAGGGUGGCAGCAGGGGAGCGUCUGCCUCUCCUUCAGGAUGACAUCAUCCUAAGGGGGCACUCUUUUGAGGCUCGCAUCUACGCAGAGGACCCAAACAAUGAUUUCCUUCCAGGGGCGGGGCCACUGCUGCAUCUCUCCACGCCUCCUCCAGAUCAACACACUCGCAUAGAGACUGGAGUCAGGGAAGGGGAUGAGGUGUCGGCACAUUAUGACCCAAUGAUCGCCAAGCUUGUGGUGUGGGGAAAGGACCGAUCGGCUGCCCUGAAGAAGUUGCGUUACUGCUUACGGCAGUAUAAUAUCGUCGGACUGAAUACCAACAUAGAGUUUCUGCUGAAUCUUUCGGGCCACCGGGAGUUUGAGGCUGGGAAUGUGUCCACCAGCUUCAUCCCUCAGUACCACACUCACUUAUUCCCCGCUCCCACACCUCCGUGCGGGAUGACAAUCUGCCAGGCGGCCCUGGGCCUGGUGCUGCAGGAGAGGAAACACACACAGGAGUUCACACAAGCCUCCGCUGAUCCUUUCUCCCCAUUUGGCGGCAGCAGUGGCUGGAGAAGCAACAUUGAGUUUAACAGAAGUAUGAAGCUGCAAGUGGGAGACAAAAAAGUUGAUGUGUUGAUCAAGUAUAACAAAGAUGGAAGCUACAGUAUGCAGAUUGGUGAGGAGGCAUACCACGUGACUGGGGAGGUAGAGGUCGAGGGUGGAGCUUCGUAUCUCCACUGCUCUGUCAAUGGAGUGCUGUCGCGUCCCAAACUAGUGAUCCUGGACAACACCGUCCACCUGUUCUCUGCUGAGGGAAGCUCUCAGGUGUCUGUGCCAGUGCCCAAGUAUCUGGCUGGUGUGAGUGGCUCUGGAGCUCAGGGUGGAGCAGUGGCCCCCAUGACUGGAACCAUAGAGAAGGUGCUGGUGAAGGUUGGAGAUAAAGUGGCUGUAGGAGAUCCACUGAUGGUCAUGAUCGCCAUGAAGAUGGAGCACACAAUCCGGGCGCCAAAGUCCGGUGUGAUUAAGAAGGUUUUCUUUAGUGAGGGCUCUCAGGCCAAUCGCCACGCUCCUCUGGUGGAGCUGGAGGAGGAGGUGGAGGUGGAGGAGAAGGUGGACGGUGGCCAGUGAAUUCAUCGAAACACAAAAACACACUAACACACACACACACACAGGUGAGUGUGAAGGAGCCGGGGCUAGGUACUGUGACAUGUGCAGCAUCCAGCAGCACAUGCACUCUUUGUUACAAUACAAGUCAGUCUGGUUUAAGCUGCUACCCAGGACGCACUGGGUGAAGGUCAAAGCUUGAGUCUGUGUUGAUUUUAUUGUUUUCUUUUUCCUGUUUUCAGUCUAAUUUGCUGACGUUUGUUUGGUUUGUUUUUUGCUUUUGUUUCCCUGUCUCUUCUCUCUGCGUUGGUUUCUGUUUGCUGGUGAUUUUGAUCUUUUUAUUUUUUUUGUUUCACUCUGAUGCAGUGAUUUAGUGCAGGUGACAUAGAUUACUGCCUGAGACUAACGUUGUUCUUUGUGCCUUCACCAUGUCCGAUAUCAGAGUGAAACUGUCGUUUACUGAUAACUAUGGGAAAUAGAUUUCAAUGUGACUGGUUUGUGUCUGAAAAAAUGACCGUGAUUUACUGUCAGUGCUUCCUCCCAUGUUCAUUUUCCUAUAUCAUGUACUGAUAAACUGAAGGAUUAUACUCCUCCUGACAUAGAUGCUGUGGAUAGUAAUUAUGAAAUAUUUUUUUAUCAUCGACAGAUUUACCGUGGCGUUCAUUAGCGUUCACACAUUCUAUUGUCCCAGAAAUGACUUGGCCCAAACUGUAACAUUUUGGUCCUUCAAAAUAAAAGCAAGGGUUUAGCUUUUGGCACAGAGGAGAAAAGCCAGAUUAAAAACACUCCCGACUGAUUCUGAUCACACUCACAGCUCAGAAUAUCGCUGACAGAUAUUUGUCUUGUCUGUUAAUCUUUAUUUGAUCAAUUCACUUGACUGACUAUGCGGCGAGGCCUUGUAAACGACUAAUGUCUAUAUAAACAAAUUAUUUUGUAGAUAUUUGACUGAUGAUUUCUUUCUUUUUUU